GCUAACUCAACUGCACUUUUUGUCUAGAAAAGAAGAAUCCCAAUAUCUUAUCAUUUACUUGAGUAUAUUCAUAUUCUUUUCAAAUUAUCCCGAGCUCCCUAAUCUCCUCUCUGGCUUCUAAUGAUGAAGCCAGUAAUAGGAUUUGGGUAUUAAUUUGGGGCCAUAAAGCCAGCUGCAUGUUGCGUGGCUAGUGGGUGAGGGGUGACCUUGUAGUGUGGCCAGCCUCUGCUGGCUUUGAUCUGAUCUUUAGAGAACGUGAGUUGGCUUGUCGCAGAGCAGCGUGGUCCCUCUUCUGGACUUUUAGGGCACAAUGGCAGGGGCUGUGGAUGCGGUACUGGCCAGAGUGAAGGAUGUGUGCAAACGGAAUGGACUGCUCAUCCUCUCAGUUUUAUCCGUCAUAGUGGGAUGUCUGCUUGGAUUCUUCCUCAGGACUAGACAACUAACAGAACAGGAGAUUAGCUACUUCCAGUUUCCUGGAGAACUCCUUAUGCGGAUGCUGAAAAUGUUGAUCCUUCCUCUUGUGGUGUCAAGUUUGAUGUCGGGACUGGCUGCACUUGAUGCCAAAACUUCCAGUCGUUUGGGAAUUUUUACCAUCGCCUACUACUUAUGGACAACAUUUGUAGCUGUCAUAGUAGGAAUCAUCAUGGUUUCCAUCAUCCAUCCUGGAGGUGCGGCUCAGAAGGAAAAUACAGAGCAGAGCGGGAAGCCAGUCAUGAGUUCAGCAGAUGCCCUUCUGGAUUUAAUCAGGAAUAUGUUCCCAUCAAACCUUGUGGAAGCCACGUUCAAGCAGUACCGCACCAAGAAUAUCCCAGUGUUGAAGCCUGUCAGGGCAUUUCCUUCUGAAAGUUUCACACAUAGAAUUGUUAUCUAUGGGAUUCAGGAUGAGAAUGGCUCACACAUCCAGAACUUUGCACUAGAUAUCACCCCAUCUCCAGAUGUUGUCUACAAGUCAGAGCCUGGAACUAGUGAAGGCAUGAAUGUCCUGGGAAUAGUAAUUUUCUCUGCCACCAUGGGUAUAAUGCUCGGACGAAUGGGAACCAGCGGAGUUCCUCUUGUGAGCUUCUGCCAAUGCUUAAAUGAGUCUGUCAUGAAGAUUGUUGCUGUUGCAGUUUGGUACUUUCCCUUUGGCAUUGUAUUCCUUAUAGCAGGGAAGAUCAUAGAGAUGGAUGACCCAACUGCCAUUGGAAAGAAACUUGGAUUUUAUGCUAUUACUGUUCUUUGUGGGCUAGUGGUUCAUGGACUCUUCAUUCUUCCUAUCAUGUACCUUUUUAUUACAAAGAAGAAUCCAAUAGUGUUUAUCAGAGGGGUGCUUCAGGCUCUGCUCAUAGCACUGGCCACAUCCUCCAGCUCUGCUACUCUGCCUAUUACCUUCAAAUGUUUGCUAGAGAAUAAUCACAUAGAUAGGCGGAUUGCCAGGUUUGUGCUUCCUGUGGGAGCCACUAUCAAUAUGGAUGGAACUGCCUUGUAUGAAGCUGUGGCUGCCAUUUUUAUUGCCCAGGUGAACAACUAUGAGCUGGACUUUGGGCAGAUUAUCACCAUCAGUAUAACAGCGACAGCAGCCAGUAUCGGAGCUGCUGGGAUACCCCAGGCUGGCCUGGUAACCAUGGUGAUUGUGUUGACCUCUGUUGGCCUUCCUACUGAUGACAUCACUCUUAUUAUUGCAGUGGAUUGGGCUCUGGACAGAUUCCGUACCAUGAUUAAUGUGUUGGGAGAUGCACUAGCUGCUGGGAUUAUGGCCCAUAUUUGCAGGAAGGACUUUGCAAAGCAGAAUGAUGAGCAGGUUCCUCUGAUUUGUGAGACCAAGCCCAUUAGUCUCCAUCAGAUCAUGGCAUACCAACGAAAUGGUUGUGUGAAGAGCCGUAGCGCCCCACAGUUUUCCCCUUCUCCACAGGAAUUCCAACAGAUGCAGGAAAAUCCAGAGUCAGCCUUCCCAAAGACCUCUGAGAGAUGCACAGACAAAGACCACUGCACAAUAGAAAUCAGUGAACUAGAGACUAAUGUCUAACUGCAGUCUAUAUUGUAUGAUGAUUCUCAGCUGGCGUCACAUGCCCGCAACUGCUCACAUUCUGCCAGGCAGCUAGAAGGUGGUGUUGUACUGGUAUCUUGCUGUGCUACCAGAUGUGAUCAACCAUCCUGUGAUGGAGCAUCAGCAAACAGUGAAGUCAGUGAUGGUUACUCCACCAUAGGAUAACUACUUUUUUUAAUUCAUUUUCAUUCAUGACUGAAUAUGAGCCUACUACUUGUCUUUAAACAUGUUUUCUUGUAUCUCUCUGUACCACUUGUGGUUCCUAGAUAAGAAAAGUAUUUUGCAGAUGAAAGGAAUGCCUUCAGUAUUUUAAAGAAAGAUGAAGAUUUCAUCUCCUGCAGAAGGUGAACAUAAAUGGACAAUGGCUGAUGGUAAUUUUACAAUUUGCAGUUACAAUGAAAUGGUAACCACUUGGCCUCCCAAAAUAUAACAACCACAAUAAUAAUAUUAAGUACGUGAUGCAAUAUAUUUACUGAACAUGGAUCAUUGGUGUGGGCGACAUUCUCAUGUGAACAUGUUAUGGGUCUGAACUACCUGCAGCUUUUGUUAUUUGCCCUCAGUGCCUGGAGCACUCUUGUACAGAUAAAUAUAGUACUGCACAGGGGUCUGUAGACAAUGGUAGAAUCUAUUAUUGGUACUUGAAUUAUUUAGCUUUGAUGUAUAGGAAGAAAUCUAUAUCCUAAAGUAUUCCCUUUAGACAACAUACAAUUUUUUUCAUUGAAGUAAAAUGGCAAUGCAUAUGAGCACCAGAGAAUAAUAUUUUUGUCAAAUAUUAAGAAAAGCGGUUGCCAAUUUAAAUGGCCUUAAUGCCCUGGAAGCUCAUUUUAUUCAUAAGAAUGUUUUACUCUUGCAUCAAUUUUAUUAAAUCAUUGUGCCCCCUAGGCUAGGACCACAAGACCAACAAUGGCAGGGUUCUCUGCUGUGGCUUUUUUAAUGUAAGUAUCAAAGUCUCACGUUAGAAGAGUUGUUUCCCAUGGAACCAUAUUUAUAGAACUGUGUAAAGAUCAUAGAAAAAUACAGUUUUAAGAAUUGCACUUUGUCUUUUGAAACACAGAUAAAUUAUAAAAGUGAGUGUAAAACAUUAGCAUAUAAACUGGCACAAAUCUAGUAUAAUUGCAUAAGAUGAAUAUGAGUUUACUAAACUUGUGCCAGAUUCUCUCCAUGCAGUUUAAUGGAGUUUGCCAAAUCUAUUGAAGGACAGUAAUUAAAAAAACUGUGACUCCAUUACAGAACUAUUGGCAUAAAACCUGCUGUAAAAUGCUAUGUAAAAAGCAAUGGGUCCCAUUGUAGCUUUUUUCAAAGUUGACAUCUCUCUCUUUAUGUUAAAAUCAUUGCAUGGCUUUAAGAUUAUGGGCUAUAUUACACACCAAAUAACAUGGGGUUAUAAUCAUUAUGUCUGGUUUAUUUCAGCACUUCUUUUUGACAUACCUCGAUUUAUAUUUGCAGAGAGUAUGAUUUUGGCAUAUAUUCCAUAACAUUGUACAUUGCCAGGCUUACAGCUGGGGUGCCCAAGGAUACCCCCUUCCCCAUCCCCCAUCCCUGCUUCACUAUCCCCAGGGCCGCUCCUGCCAUGAGAUAGGUGAAAAGCCAGUUACCACCUCUGUUAACUUUAAAAGUUGAAAGGGGCGGAGUGGAAGGGGUGUGACAUCGAUGCUGCUGCCUCGAUGCUGCAGCAAUUUGGACCACACCCAUUUAUGUGACCACACCCCCUAAUUGCAAUGUUCAUUUUGCAGGUUAUGAAAAUUUGAACACAUUUCUGUGGUUUU